UUUUGUAUGUUGGCCAAAAAAGAUUCAUUUUGUCGAUUGUGACUAAACCACCUUCUUCCACAUGUUUACUCUUUCCCCUAAACAACCUGUGGUCCUUUAAGGGAAUUUCUUCUUCUGAGUUUUCCAUAAAAAAACACAACUUUUCCCCCUUCAACACACUUUUUCACUUGAGUUUUUGAUCCCAAAAUGAAUGUGAACCUCUAACGGGUCUCUGGCUGAUUCUCUCAUGUUCUCUCUGUUCACUGUGUUAGUUUAGGUUGACACCAAUGUCUUGGUUUAAAAUUGCACUAAACUCUUCCAUUUUAUACCACUAGUUUAACCUGUCUAAUGUGUUCCUUGGUCUUUAUUAUAUUUUUUGUUCUUUAAUGUUAAAACAAACAAAUGAACAAAACACUGGCCUUACAGAAAAAAGAUAUUUGCUAACUAGAUGAUUUCUGAAAAGAACAAGUUUAGGAGUAUCAGUACAAAGGGGUCUUACUAAAAUGCAUGCCACACUUUUUUUUUUAGCUUUUUUUAUUUUUAAAUUGUGCCUCUUUUUCACUUCUUCGCUGACGCACACUUUAAAAACGAUUCUGACCAAGAAGAUUUGAACUAAUAUGUUGUUAGUACAAUUCCGCUUACAUUAAUUGUACAUUAAUUAGUACAGUUAAUGUAAUUACUUUAAUAACUUUCAGGAUUUUAUUUAUUUAAAUCUAAAAUAAAACUGUUUGCCCACAUGGGUGAGACUUCCCCCACGCGCUCCCCUCUUGCCAGUGAUGCUGUGCGCAAGUGCGUGACGACGUCAAGUGGAUUUGAAACCUCUCCUCCUGGUCUAACUCAAGUAUCCCUCCACACUCAUUCAGUUGUAGGAGUUUUCAGGGAGAGAGACUAAAAUCUCAGUAAGCCAUGGAGAAGAUCUGGUUUCUUCUUACAUGCCUUCUGGUUGUCCUGGUGCGUUUAGGCGCCGGUCAGGACCAUUUACGCGCGCCUGUUGGCCCCUGGAGACAGCACAUUCAGUGGGAGAAUAACGGUCACGUGUACAGUUUGCUCAGCACUGGGACUCGGUAUCGCUUGCCUUCCCAGAACAGGAGACGCACCCAGAUGUUACUAACAACAAAAAACUUUUUAAACCAAGUCAACCCUCCUGUUGCGCUCAUGAGAGCCACCAGAACCAGGUCUAUGAGCCUCCAAGACUCGGAUCACUCUGAGCAAAAUGACCAAAUAGACACGUCGCUUCUUGGAGCAGAUGUGCAGUACCUCCUGUCCGCGGAUCGGACCGGCACACAGAGUCAGUCCAAUGUGGCUGUGGAUUAUCACUCAAGCCAGGCUCCGGCUAACAGUAGCGCUGCUGUUUUCAUCCAGGAGUUUUCCGGCAGCGGAAUCCCCAGAGGAGGCCGGGGUACUGCUGCGGAGGACAGCGGUGCGCAACAGACAACUACGCCACCAGCUAGAGCGCAGGAUUUGACGCACAGCCAAGUCGAUAGAAGCUCCCCUGAGGGUUCGGAUUCAGUCCACAACCUGGCUAGUGACGGUCGAGUCACCCAGCAGACCAGAACGCAAUCCCUGACCAGAGUCACUCCAGAGGUGGAUGAUUCCAGCAACGCUGUUGAGACUCAGUUCCCUCCUAGGAGUCCAGAUACAACAGGUGCAGGUGAUCCUCGGGAUCCACACAGCAUCCACCACAGGAACUCGGUUUUCUAUAAUGUUUACCCAGCAGACCGCAGGAACAGGCAGAACGCGCGCAACCCACCGGGCACCGGCCACGGCACCAGGUUCUUCCACAACGGUCUCCCAGACCUAAUCCCUGACCCGUACUACAUCCAAGCAGCCUUGUACAUCCAGAGAGUACAGAUGUAUGCACUUCGCUGUGCAGCUGAAGAGAACUGCCUUUCCAGGUCUGCAUAUCGUCCGAGUGUGAGUGACCUGGAGUACAGAGUCUUGCUGCGCUUUCCACAGAGAGUGAAGAACCAGGGAACUGCAGACUUCCUCCCAAUCAAACCCAGACAUGAGUGGGAAUGGCACAGCUGUCACCAACAUUACCACAGCAUGGAGGCCUUCAGUAACUACGACCUUCUGGACGUCGCCACUGGACAGAAGGUUGCUGAGGGACACAAAGCCAGCUUCUGUCUGGAGGACACCUCAUGUGACCCGGGAGUACGGCGACGCUUUGCCUGCACUGCUCACACACAGGGGCUUGGCCCUGGAUGCUAUGAUACAUAUCAUGCUAACAUUGACUGCCAGUGGAUUGAUAUCACGGAUGUGUCACCUGGAAAUUACGUUCUCAAGGUGACGGUGAACCCCUCCCAGCUUGUCCAGGAGUCUGACUUCUCCAACAACGAGGUCAGGUGUGACAUCAGAUACACGGGAAGCUACGUCCAGGCAAGGAACUGCAGGAUUGUUGUGAGCUGACCUGCAGAAGACACAGACAUGUGCUUAAUAACCUUUAGUUGUUCUUAAAGUAAAGCUGCUACUGUUUUGAUGCUGUUUCGUUGUUUGCUACUCUGUAGUCUUUGUAUUUAUGAUACACUUCCUACCACACAUAUUGGCAACCCUGUUAAAAAGUGUCAAGACUCAAAAAUAAGUCUUUUAUUGCAGUAGUGUGACCUCACAUUGAGAACUUUAGUAAAAAUCAUCCUUUAAUUUGAGAACAUUUAUUCAAUUUCCUCUCUCCCCUUUAGUUCCAGUAAUGCUGAAGAUCUCAUUUACCUUCCUUUACAUCAGUUACAAGUGAAGACACCCCCUACAUACUCUGAUCACUGUAAAUCAAUAAGUUAAGCAAUUUAAAAUGCUAUAUAUUACAUUUAUUUUACAGGAAUGGCUUGGUAUAACAAUAAGUGAGGCACUGGUACAUUUUUCAAACAAUAAUUAGCAAAUUUUAGUUAAUUGGUAAUCCCGCCCCCUUCUUAAAAAGUGUUCUUACCCCAACGGCUGGAUUUAUCCUCAUUUUGCUGCAGUAACAAAAGAAUGUAUUUAAACAUGUUUUAUGAAUCCAUACCAGACUUAUUCAUAUGUGUGAAAGAGGCUUUAAAUGACGUGUUGUACCUAAUGAUAGAUAAGCCUAAUAUAGUGUUAUUUAUAUGAACAGAUAUCAUUAGUAUAUACGUAUAAGCAAUGCAAGACAGAAGUUAACUAAUGCCUUACAUGCAAGAAAAUGUGUUUUCUAGAUUUACAUAAGUGUCAACUAUGAAGUAAAAGGCCAAUUAUGUCUUAUUUCUGUAUUUCAAGUUGUGAGACUUUUUUCUUCUGUCUAUUUUAAUGUAUAUUAUUGCAAUGUUUGCUUUUUUAUGUUUUGGUUUGACGUUGUUUGGCACUUUGAUUUUCACUCGAGUUUUAAAAAGGGCUUUAUAAAUAAAGUUGAAUUGAGUUUUAAUA